AUGUCGUCAACUUCCUUAUCCGUCGCGCAUUCCCUGUCAUCGACGCAAGUAGCAGCAGCAUCAGGAGACGGUCCAACGGCUCGAGACUACUCUAACCGCACCGCGUCCUCAAUGUCCGCGUCGCCUCUCCGUCCUCGAACCCCGUUUCGCGGACCAAACACCCCCUCCCAGAUAUCCCAGUCCUUCGACGUCCCCAACUCCCCGUCCUCUUCCGCCAUUCCCCCCCCUACCCCCGAUGACGCCGCGCGCCGCCUCGCCAUCCGCCUGCUCAUGGGGACGAAGCCUAACGCCGAGUGCCUCUCGCCGUCGCGCACCCCUCGGGGGGGCGGGGGCGGAAGGAGCGAGAGUGGGGGCGAGCAGACGCACUGGCGCAGCUUCUCGAUGAAGGAGCGGCGCGAAGGAGGAGACGACUGGUCUGCGCGGAUUGCGGCGGAAAAUACGUGUGAGAGGAGAGUCGGGACGAGAUCUCCGGCGCCCGAGGGGAGCUGGCGGCUGAUGAGCGCGCGCGGAGGGAUGCGCGGAAACAGCAGUACGGAUCUCGCGGGGUAUGCGCGAAUGCGGGGGGACGACGCGGCGGAGGCGGCUGCGUCGGGAGGCGAAGAGGACUCGGCUGACGAUUCGGAGAUGGACGAAUGGGGGAGAGUGGGGGGCAUGGGGGCGAACGGAGAGGGAGAGGAUGGGGAGGAGGACGACGAAGAACCGGAGACGCUUUGGCGACGAAGCAGCAGCAGCGGCACCCGACUGAACAGCAGCGCCGGAGGCGGCGAGGGCGGCGAGGGUGGCGGGGGCGGUGGGGCCGACUGGGACGACGGAGAGGUGACAAUCAGGGCUUUAGCGGAGGCCGAGGCGCGUCUUAAAGACAUGCAGCAGUCGCUGCGCGGAAUGGAAGCCGCGUCUCGCGACGUGGAGGCCAAGCUGCGCGACGCGCGCGCGGAGGUGCAUUCGCUGCGCGAGGCGCAAGCGGAGCGCGACGCGGCCUGCGCGGAGCGCGACGCGAUGGCGGCGGAGAUGGAGGCGGCGCUUAGCUCGUGGUCGCGCGCGCUGGAGGAGGCGAAGGACGCGCGCGACGAGGCGCGAGAGGCGGCGGAGGCGGCGGCCGCGGUGCGGCAGAAGCUGGCGGAGGCGGAAGCGGAGAAUAAGAGGCUGUGGCAGGUGAUGGACCUGCUGAUGGCGCAGCAGAAGGCGCGCGGAGGGGGCGGUGGGGGCGGAGGCGGAGCGGGAGUUGGGGGUGGAGGGGGCGGGAAAGCAUUCCUUGACGCACUAACUAGGCAGGAAGGGGGGAACGGAAGCGGCGCGAGUGGCGGAGGUAUGAGUGCUGCUGGGCUGCGCUCAGUGCUAGAGUCACUGCGCGCCGCCUCUGGAGCAGCAACAGGGGACUCCGUGGUGAGAGGCAGGUAUGCGUCUGUGCGAGUGUCAGUAGCCGGAUCAACAGCAGCAGCAGGAGGAGCAGGAGGAGGAGCAGGAGGAGGAGGAGAAGUAAGGGACGUUUGUGGUGCGCCGGCAGUGGGACGUAGCAGCAGUGCCGGCAUUGCCGGCAGUGUUGCAGGUGGCAUUGCUGGUGGCUUUGGUGGCAGCAGAAUUGGUCGGCAGCAGGUGCAGCAGCGAGGGGGGGUGAGAUUGGGGUAUGGAGAGAGCAGUGCAGCAGCAGCAGUGGUGCCAGAUGCAAUGCGUGUGGCUGGGCUUGAGAAGGGCAUGUUCUGUGCCUGCUAG